AUUGACAUACGUCUUGUUGUCUAGACGGAAACUCAUUUGUUACUGUAGCGGUGACAUGUAAACAGUCGGAAAUAAUUUCUUGAAUAUCAAUCACAGGUAGGUCGGCGCGGAACCGUGUGAUGUGACAGCAGCCAAAUAAACUGAUAUACCGGCGUUUUGAAAAAUUUUCGAUUUGCGUGAGAUUUUUGUUCGGUUAACCUUGCUCAUCGCUCCCGAAUCAUGGUCCACGAAAGGUGAGAAAUCAAAGAAUACUCUCGGAAUGGAUCUGGAUUAUCUCUGAGAAGAAUGUGACGCGCACGUUGUGGCAUGGAGUGCGGAGUGCAGAGCCACGGCGGUGCCGCAGCUGCAGCGAUGUUGGGCGUACCGACAACUCCGCCUGGCGUCAGCGUAGGGGUGGGGGAGCCAGUGACAGGGGCGGGGCCCGGAGGACCGCCGGGGGCGGCGCACAACUCCGCCUCAGUUCAAACUCCGCACGCCGCCACCGCCUACUCACCGUCCGAUUCCGAGCAGGCGCAGUUCGAGGCGGACAAACGAGCCGUUUACAAACACCCACUGUUCCCGCUGUUGGCACUCCUUUUCGAAAGAUGUGAGCUUGCCACGCAGUCACCGGAUCCGCAGUCGAGCGAAGCCUUCAAUUUGGAUAUUCAAGCAUUUGUUCAACACCAGGAGAGGGACAGGAAGCCAUUCUUGGCGAACGAACCCGAAAUAGAUGGACUGAUGAUAAAAGCAAUUCAAGUAUUAAGGAUACAUUUAUUGGAACUGGAAAAGGUGCAGGAGCUGUGUAAAGAUUUUUGUAAUAGAUACAUUACCUGUUUGAAAGGAAAGAUGCAGUCGGAGAAUUUACUACGAUCUGAUUAUCCUCAGGAUGUUUUAGGUACGGGUGUGAUGAAUAGUAUGGAAAACAACAAUAAUAUGAUGUCUCACGGGAAUUCCGAAAGCGGAUCGGCAUCAAACAGUCCAGUACAGUAUAAUAUUAGUCCUCCACAGCAACCAGUGAUACCUAACCAAGGUGGCAUGAUCGAGCGUUCCUUGGACAACUCGGUGGGCUAUCCUCCAGUCAACCACUACGGUGGCCCCACCCCACCCUUGCCAACCGCUCCACCGUCUGCUGAGAAUCUAGUAAUACACGGGUCAACACCACUUUCACAAAUAGGCGCCAACCUGUGUCCCGUAACAGUGGGCCAACCCCCGAGCACUCCCUCCGCAGCGACAGUGGGCGUGAUCCCGCCCUCCGCUGAUUCAGGGGGCGGUCCUCCUCUGUCUCCCGCCCCCACCACUCCGGGAGGUUCCACCGAAGACUGCGGCGAUUGCGACAGCGAUUUCGGCAGCGGCCGAUCGGGAAGGAAGCAGAAGCGGGGAGUGCUGCCCAAGCAUGCCACCAGUGUCAUGAGGUCGUGGCUGUUCCAACAUCUAGUGCAUCCCUAUCCAACGGAGGACGAAAAACGGCACAUCGCCGCCCAGACGAACUUGACGCUGCUGCAAGUGAACAACUGGUUUAUCAACGCCCGCCGGCGCAUCCUGCAGCCGAUGCUGGACGGCGCCGGUAGCGCGACGCCUCAAGAAGGUGGGGCGAUGAGCGCGGGAGGCGGGGCGUCGCCGCCGCACAAGAAACGCAAGAACGGCGGAGGCGGGGCUAAUAACAGGCGGUACUGGACGCACGACUUUGCCGCCGGAGCCGGUGCGGCGGCUGUUGCGGCUGCCGCAGCUGCGGGGGUACAGCAUCAUCUUGAUCCGUCAGGCAUCCUAUCCAGUUCCGACGAUGAAGGUGAUUCAUUCAGCAGCGACGGGGAGGACGGUGGAGGUUUGGUCAUAGACGCCCAAGCUGGACUCGGUCAUUCCGAGAUCCAGAAUCCGGAGAUCCACCAGAAUGGGCAUGUGGAUAACGGGCAUCUAGCGGCAUCGGGUCCUGUCUAUAACGGUAGUCCGGAUACGUCAUCUGCUAGCGAUAGGCAGUGAGAGAAUUCAAUUAUCUUACUUUUUGUUUGUUUUGCUCGGGGGUUUGUCGCUGGAGUUUCGCUCGUUUGGUACCACUCGGAAUUUACAUCGGUUUCAUCUAAUCCGCCUGGAUAUUAUAACUUGUGGAAUGGUUUAACUAUAGUUCUAAAAAAAGUGCGAUAUUUUCCACAUCUGAUAGCCCUAAUAAGAGAAACAAAAUUCAUUGCUGGACGUUGGAUAAGAAACAAUGCCAAAAUUACCCAUUUCUAUUUGCAAAUAAUCGUCAUUACUCCUGGAAUUAUCACUUUAACCCAUAUAAAAAUAUUGCUUAAAUGAAACAAAAAACUGUCGUGUUCGUUAUUUUAUUUUUUACUUCCACUGACAUUACAUUAGAUUUAAAAAAUCUUUAGUCAAACACCAUUGUUUAUCUAGUUUGUAUACGGAGGAAAACGCAACUGCCAACUUUCUCAAAACAAGUAAAUUUCCUAAAUAACUUUCACCUCAUUUUGCCAGGGUGUCAGUUGUAAUUUGCCCCACAUAGUUCUUCGCAAAUCCUCGAACUGUUACUGUUGGCUCAAUUAACACGAUAGCUAGAAAAAGUACCCUUUAAGUACCAAGUAAUACCAAAUGAUUGAAACUAAAGCGAUAAUGAAAAGUAUUAACAAAUGUUUGUCAGAAUCUCAUGGAACGUAAUGCCAUGAAGUAGAGUCAUUAAGUGCUAUAUUUACGUUUCUAAGUUUAACACCUUUAGUAAAUAAUUCUAAGUGCAUUUUAAUUUUAAUUAUUAUAUAAAUUUGUGAUACAUAUUUUAGUAUAGUCAUCCAUUAUUUCAAGCUAACGGUGGUAAUGUUUUGUGCAAACAAUGGAUAUUUUACUGUUUCACUGUUCAUUGUGAAGUUUGUAAGUUCAUUGACCUGACACGUAGAUGAUGUACCGAAAUUAGCGUUGAUUACACUGGUCAACAAAAUUUUAACUUUGUCGUGCCACACGGACUUUUUUGAUAUUUUUUACUUUAAUUGGUGAUUGUAAGAAAAAAUAAACAGUUUAAAAAAAAGUUGCUAGACAAGGAUUUUAUUCUAUUGAGUAAUUUAAAAUAUUAAGAAAAAACACAGAUCUCGUAAAUCAAAAGUUAUUUUUUUUAUAAAUGACUUAAUAAUCUAAGAUUUUCUUGAAUAUUUAGCUUCUGGUUGGUCCCUUUUAAUUGUCCAGCAGUAAUCUGCUAACAUAUUUGGGCUCCAUUUGCCCUGGUACCGCUUUUCCAUAUUAGAAAUGUCC